AUGUUUCAAAUUAUACUCAUACACGUAAUUCUUUCUUCUGCAGGUAGUUUGUCAGAUAAUUCCAAGGCGGCGACCUCUGACCCCCCAGCUCUCAUCCACACGGCGACCUCUAAACCCGCCGCUGCUCGCUCUGAAUCAGCCGCAGUGGAACCCAGCAGCACUGGCAGGACUCAAAGCCUUCCAGAAACCGGCUGCAGCCCAAUACUGGAUGUACGAAACCUAGCGGCUGUGGACUCCCCACCUCCUCUAACACCUCCUCCGCCUCCUCUUUCAACCGGAGACACCUCGGACCUUCCGCUCCCGUCGCCUCCAGUCCUCCCUCCACCUCUGCCGCCGUCCAAACCGUCCUCCGUCUCCGGUCCUCCUUCUCCCCCGACGCCGCCCCCCGCUGAGAGCCCCCUGCGUCCCACCACCCUCAACCUGAAGACGCUCCCGAGGCCCUCCGUCAGGGAGAACGGCGGCCCUCCGCCCGGAGUUGACGAGGACGAGGAGGAGAGGAAGAUGCUGGAGGAGGAUCUGAAGAAAUGCAUCGAGGACUUCAAAAAGAUCCGCUUGCCCAGAGUGUUUCCAGAUCGCAAGAGGCACUGGCAAAGUGACUUGCUCAAGAAGUACAAUGCGUAGAGAGCUUCGCCGCUUUCACUGUGGCACCACGGUGAACAAACUUGACAAGGAUUUUUGAAACAAUGAUGAGAGCGCACUGUGAGCAGUGGACUCGGGCUUUAUUCUCAUAUUGUUCUGAUUCAAGCUGUGUGAAGAGUGUCAGUGAGUUUACUUCAACCUCUGAUGUAGCAGCUUUUGCAUGUCAACUGAAAUGGAUUGUUUGAUUAGGCGUAGUGCUCGGGCUGAGCUAGUCUAGCCGUCACACAAACACCUUAAAACACAGAUGUCUUUUCCCAUCAUAGAACACAGCUUCCCUAUAGAGGUUAUUAGUCACACUUCUUUGUUCCACAACUUUGGAACAUGGAAGGAAAAAAAAAAAAAUGUGUUCUUCUCGCUCAGUCAAAGGACAAUAUAUGUAAUGUCAUUAAUUAGAGAUUUCUGUCCUUCUCUCUGUACCAUGUCUGCUGAUCAAGCAACUGGAAAAUGUAAGCAAAGUGUGAAUUUUUAGGCGUUUGACCG